AUGAAGUCUUUGAUCCUAGCAAUUACUGUGAUUAUUGCAGCACAUUAUUGCAGUUCACUAGCAGUGGGUAGUGGAGAUACCCUUCUAUUGGGGAAUUCUCUCACUGGAAAUCAGACCAUAUUGUCAAAGAACGGCGUGUUUGCAUUGGGCUUUUUCAGUCCGAGUGGAACGAACAAUUGGUAUAUUGGCAUCUGGUAUGCACAUCUCUCUGAGAAGACCACAGUUUGGGUGGCUAACAGAGAGAAUCCUGUCAGAGGCAUGCCCGGCGUUCUGCUAUUUUCGAGGGAUGGUCAUCUCAGAUUGUUUGAUAGUAAGGGCCUGUCAGUUUGGUCGACCGAUAAUGGCCUGAAAGGAUCGCGGGCGGUGAUAACAGAAGCUGGUAAUUUCAUUAUGCUGGGUGAGGGCCGCAACAAGUAUGAGAUUGUUUGGGAGAGUUUUGCUCAUCCGGGAGAUACAUGGUUGCCUAACAUGAACUUUUCGAAAGGCAUGAAGCUAAGUUCGAGGAAGAGUUCUGUGGAUCCCGCAAUUGGGGUCUUCUCUUUUGGAAUGGACAUUUCUCCAGGAAAGACGCAGCUGGUGAUGGUCUACAACAACAAUGUUCCAUAUUGGUCCACUGGAGAGUGGGUCACGAAUUAUUUUACCAACAUUCAUGAGUUGGAUGGUGACAAGACAAUCCAAAUGUUCUGUGUGAGGAAUUCUCCUUCAAGCAUAUACUUCAAUUUCAGGUUAGAACAGAACGUCGUGGGGCGGAUCGUGUUAGGAGAUAAUGGCAGACUAGAGCUUUACUACUUGAUGGAAGAUAAAAAAUGGAAUUCGAUGUGGUCAACACACGGAAGUCAAUGCAGUGCCUAUGAUAUCUGCGGGGCGUAUGGAGUGUGCUAUGCAAAUGAAGUGUGUGGUUGUGUUGAUGGCUUCACCAAGUCCAAGAACGAGUCACAUGUUUGGCAGUCAAGCGGCUGUGAACGACGAACACCUCUACACUGUUCUGCCACAGAGGGCACCACCGAUGAAUUCUCUGAAGCCAAGAACCAAUACUUGCCCGAAGAAGGAGCUGUCUUAAUCAACAACGAGCCAACACAGCAAGGCUGCCGGACUGCUUGUCUCAGCAAUUGCUCCUGCACAGCCUUUGCUUUCGCUACUUCUGAUCCACCCGUCUGUAAAUUGUGGUUUGGAGAAUUGCUCAGAAUGCGUGAUUCAUCUGCCGGCCAGUCUGUUUUCAUUAGGCUAGCUGCCUCUGAGUUACGCCACUCGACAUCAGAAGGAAGCAGCAAAGCCCAUGGUCGUAGCAUUGUGCUUCCUGCGACUAUCGCUGCUGUAGCUGUUGUCGUUUUAGCUUUCCUGUUGGUCGGAUUUCUUCUGUCAUGGAGACGUCGAAGACAGCCCAGAAGAAGCAUAGAAGAGGACGUCCCAAAUUCACUCAAAACAUUCACUUACAAAGAAUUGCGAAUUGCAACCAAGAAUUUCAAGCAUAGGCUCGGGGGUGGGGCGUUCGGCUCUGUGUUCAAAGGAACUCUGCCAGACAACACGCUUGUGGCGGUAAAAAGAUUAGAGGGUUCUGGCCAAGGAGAAAAGCAAUUCCGUGCAGAAAUAAGCACCAUCGGGAGAAUACAGCAUGUGAAUUUGGUGAGGCUUCGGGGAUUCUGCGUAGAAGGCUCUCGAAGGCUUCUAGUGUACGCCUACAUGCCCAAUGGCUCUCUAAAGUCUUUACUCUUCUGUAAAGAUGAAGAAGCAAGGAAGGUGUUGGAUUGGAAGACUCGAUUUCAGAUCGCAGUGGGCACUGCACGAGGAUUAGUCUAUCUGCAUGAGGAAUGCAGGGAUCGCAUCAUUCAUUGUGACAUUAAGCCUGAAAACAUUCUGUUGGAUGACGACUUCAGCCCCAAGGUGGCCGAUUUUGGGCUGGCCAAGCUGGUGGGCAGAGAUUUCAGCCGAGUGCUGACGACCACAAGAGGAACUCGAGGGUAUUUGGCUCCCGAGUGGGUAUCCGGCCUUCCUAUCACUGCCAAGGCAGAUGUAUUCAGUUUUGGCAUGACUUUGCUGGAAAUUAUAUCUGGGCGAAGAAAUAUUGAGUUGAAUGUGGAGGAGAGCAGGUUCUACUUUCCUACCUGGGCUGCAUCUCAAAUUCAAAGAGGAAACAUUAUAGGUGUUGUGGAUGCAAGGAUAGCGAAUGAGGCGGAUAUUGAAGAGGUAGGAAGAGCCGCUAUGGUGGGUAUGCUGUGCAUUCAAGAGGAUGAAAAUAAGAGGCCGAACAUGGGGGAAGUGGUGAAGAUAUUGGAAGGGACGAUGGAGGCUCCUGUGCUACAAAUUCCAAGGGGUGUAGAGGUGCAAUUAGAUCAGCUAGACGAUGAUGACAGCGAUAGCUUCCAGUUCACUACAGCAAGCCAAACAACGGACUCGCAAGCAGAUGUGGUGGCCCGAGCUAUCAUUGGCGAGGGGCUGAAGCUGGUGGAAAGCCCACGGAGGAGGAUUGGAGUGGAUGUUGGGGUGUUGCAACCUUUUGUCAUCUGGUCGGCUUCCCGGUCGGUAGAAUUGCAGGUGGAGGAUGCAAGGAAAGUUUGGGACGAGAUUGUGGUUUUUGUGCACAAAUUGGGGCUGACCAAGCGAGUGAAGAUCCAUGGGAAGGUGACUCCCAUUCAGUCUGAGGCCCCUCUGGAUGUGGAUGGGAGGCUAUUGGUUCGACAUCAAAUCCCAAAGAAAUUGGCGAAGGGGGUGGAGCGAGGGUCUCUGUUUGGUAGCAGGCCAGGAACGGUGCCAGAUGGAGGAACCGUGACGUAG